AUGUCACCCUCUCCCACUCUAUGGCCGACCAACCUUGGAUUUGGCGGCAGCUCUACAGUAUGGCUGGCUUCUGACCAGAAGCAACAGGAGUUAGUUGCUAUCAAAAAAAAGUCUGCUGAUUCUGCCUCGAAAUCCCAGGAAGUAGAUAUUCUAAAACAUCUUCAUCCGCACCCAUUGAUCAGACAGCUGCCGGACAAUUUCAUUGAAAUUAGUCCCAAUGGAGCUCACAAUUGCCUGGUCAUGGAAAUGGCUAGUUGUAGCUUGACGCAAUCAAAGUCCUUGGCCUUUCACGGACUACUGGAUCUUCAUAUCGCUCGAGCUAUUGCUGCAGACCUGGUUUUAGCCGUCCAGUUUUUACACGGACAAAGCAUUAUCCAUGGUGACCCUUCGCAAUUGUAUCGGAAAUUUGGCGAUCCAAUUCUUGAGCCUAUUGUCCGAGUUGAUGGCAAACCUCUCCCAGCAGGAGUUCCUACUCACGUCGUUGGGCCUGCAAGAGUUGGAAUUCGGUCUGACCAAAUCACCCCUACCUAUUUGCCCAUCAUGCUCUCCGACUUUGGUUCGAGUUACUACCCUAGUAAAACAAGACGGACUAACGCAUAUACGCUCCCCCAUCUUGUUCCACCUGAAAUUUUCUUUCUUGACAAACAAAACGAUAAAUAUAACCUUUCAUUCCCCAGCGAAAUUUGGACCCUUGGAUGUACCAUAUUUGAAAUCAUUGGUAGUGGGGGCCCCUUUAGUACCUUAGGUGGUGGCAUACUCCAGGACCAAGUCAGUGUUCUGGGAAAGCUCCCUGAUCCAUGGUCGUCACAAUGGGAGUCCAGAGCCGAUUUUUUUAACGAGGAUGCAACUAUUGAUAUCACGACUGGUGCUCCUUUCCAAGAUAGCCUGGAAGAACGGUACGAUUGGUUCGUUAACGCAGCUCGGCGGCGAUCAGACAUGGAAGAGCAGGGGGAGGAUGAGAAGAAGGCUUUCCUGCAUAUGAUUUUAUUUACCAAGCGACAGGGCUACCAUUAG